UUUUUCCUGUUUACAUUGUCAUAUUUAAUUUGGACUAAACACGUUUUCAGACAGUGUCAGAAAAGGUCAGACCAUGCGCGUUUGAAAAUGUUAAUUAAAAAUGAGUCUGAAACGGUGUUCAAGCCGUCGGUGAAUGUCCGAGCGCUGCUCAUAAUCGCACAUCCGGAUGACGAGUGUAUGUUUUUCGGUCCUGCCGUACUGAGGCUCCGGCAGCUGGGCGCGCGACUACAAGUGCUGUGCCUCUCCGCAGGUAAUUACUAUCAUGAAGGAGAGCAGCGAAGGAAAGAGCUGUUUGACAGCUGUGGUGUGUUGGGAAUUCCAGCCUCUCAAGUUACCAUCAUUGACAACAAAGAGCUUCCAGAUGAUCCUUCAGUGGUAUGGAGCACACAUAUUGUAUCCUCCCUCAUUCUGAAGCAAGUUAAGGAGAGCUCAACGAACCUGGAUUGUUGGACACAUUCAGCUGUUUCCCACAGCCAAAAAUUUGGGGCAGCAGGUGGCAUAGUGGUUAGAGCUGCCACCUUGCGAAGGAUCCUGAUUCAAAUCCUACUGCAUGCUAUAGUAAUCUUGAAGAAGGUGCUGACUUUUGAUGGAAGGGGUGUAAGUGGCCAUGCUAACCACAUUGCCAUCUACAGGGGACUAAGCUAUCUUGCCUCCACACGGACAAAACCUAAUGGCUGCUGUUUCCUUGCACUGCAAAGUGUCAGCACUGUCAGGAAGUAUCUCUCCCUUCUGGACCUGCCCAUCACCUGGCUAUGCAAAUCUGAUUUCUGGUGCAUCACAGGGUUUGAGGAGUACUGCCAAGCAAAGAGAGCGAUGUUUUGUCACCGCAGCCAGUUACUUUGGUUCCGGUACUUCUAUCUGCUCUUCUCCCGCUACAUGUUCAUCAACACAUUCCAAGUCAUCACUCAGCGUGAAGGGAACCUCAAAAUCCAGUAGUUAUAGAUUGUCAUUCUGAGAGACAAAAUCAUGGUCAACAUGGGGCUGUUUGUAACCUGUUUUCAGGAGUGAAUUAAUUAAUCAAGAAUUAAUUAAAAGUUAUUGUACACUGGGUACAUGGUCGAAACAUUCAAGUUUCAGCAUUAAGUAGGAAUUUAUGGAAUGCAUUUUUAUUUCCAGUAAUUUUAGGUUAGUGGGCACAGAAUGUCACCAUUCCCUUCAAAAUGUGUACUUUUUGUUUGACACUCAGGAAAAAAAUACAAAUUAUGCUUGUUUCAUUUUUAUUUACACACAAUAACCCCCAGUAGACGAGUUUUAAAAAAAAUCUCAGAUAUUCUGAAAAUUAAUAUUACGAUAGUAAAAUAUGUUAUUUGAAAAAGUGAACAUCUCCCUUGCCAUUGUAUUUGUUGCUCAGCUCUAACCAGUUGUAAAACAGAUCAAAACAGCCAACUAAUUGGCUCACACCUGUCAUCGUUCAUGGUGAUUCUGAUUAGUUCAGAAUAAAGGGAGCUGUUUCCAAAGAACUCUGCUGCUUGGAAGUGCAUUUCAAAGCAAAGAAUUCACAGUUGCCCAAAAGAUGGUUUCAAAGGAAUUUGGAGAUACAGUUCUGGAAAGGCACAAGUAAGGAAAUGGAUAUAGAAAAAUGUCAAAUGAUUUAAGUAUCCCAUAAAGCACAGUUAAGACCAUCAUUUGUAAGUGCAAGGUGUUUGGCACCACCUAGACUUUACCUAGAUUAGGCCUUCCCUCCAAACUGGGUGACCAAACAAGAAGGAGACUGAUCAGAGAGGCUACCAAGAAGCCGAUGGCAAGAGCUACAGGCCUUUAUAGCAAAGACUGGUCAUUAUGUGAAUGUGACAACAGUAUCAUAAGUGCUUCACAGAUCUGGCGUGUAUGGUAGGAGGGCAAGAAAAAAAGCCUCUCCUUAAAAAAAGCUAAACAUCUGAUCUUAAAAGCACCUUCUAAAAAUCAGUCCAUUUGGCAAAAACCCAAUACAUCUUAUGAUCCAAAGACCAUUAAUCCUACAGUAAUGGAUGGUGAUGGCAGCAUACUGUUGUGGGGCAAAAUAGAUUCAAGUUCUUUGAGAAAAUUUGCAGCCCUCAGCCAGGAAGUUGAAAGAUGGGUUGUCUUUCAGAAUAAUAAUGACCCACAGGAUUCUGUCAAAGCAAUCAUACAGUGGCUGAAAGACAGGAAGGUGAAUAUCCUGGAGUGGCCUUUUCAGAACUCUGACAUAAAUCCCAUCUUGCAUGAAUCACUUGAAGAGGUCAUCCAUCUGUAGUCGUCAAGCAAUCCGAACAAUUCUGUAAGGAGCAAUGAGUAAAUAUGCCUUCCUGUAGGUGUGCAAAGUUUUUAGAGAUGUACCAUACAGACCCAAGGUUAUGCUUCCACUAAAUAUUAAAGUAUUCUCUUAUCUACCCCAGUUAUUCUACUUUUUUUUAAUUUUAUUUUAUUACACAGAUUUGCUUUCUUUUCUACUUGUAUGUUGCAAAGUACAGUUUGUAAAUAAAACUGGAAAUUUUUGAUUUGAUGAAAAGGGGCCAAUGGCUCAAUUUUAAUGUAGCUCAAUGUUAUUAAAGUUAAAAUAACAUAGCUAAGUAUUUUUUGUUAAGUUGAAAGUGGCUAGAUGCUGAUGAAGGUUGCUGCUUGAUGAAUGUUUUAGUACUUUGUGCCACAUGGCCUGUGUUUCCAGGAUAGGCUCUGGAGCACAGUAACCACAUAAAGGGUGAGUCAUUGAUGCAAAUGGUACAAAUGAAAUAAAUCCUUUUUUUGGUUGAUUUACUGUAAUUUUA